AUGUCGUGUCCAGCUCUCCUCACAGCGCCUCCUGGCGUCAUUCCCUUGUUCAAGAUCCUAGGCAACACGGUGGCUUUCGCCGAUACGCUUUACCUAUUCACUGCUAACGACUUCCUCACCUUCGCCAUCCCUACCACACUUUUCGCAACAUUCGGUUCCCUCUCCGGCCCCGUCAUAACAACCAACCCCUCGCCCUCUCUGGUUUCAAUCCUGUCCCGCAUACCCAUCGCACUUUUAGUCGUCUGGGCAAAUCUCCUCAUCUUCAACAUCUCCAACCAACGCUCGCCCUUAGUAGUUGAAGACAAAGUUAACAAACCCCACCGCCCCCUCCCCAGCGGCCGAGUUACAAGCGAUGGCGCCAGAAGAAUACUACUUGUCACCAUCCCACUCGUCCUCCUGCUCGGCUGGGCCCUGAACUGCUGGCAAGAAACCCUCAUGCUUUUCAUGAUGACGUGGAUGUACAACGCCAUGGGCGGAAGCGAUGAUAAUUGGGUGCUGCGAAACUUGUUCGUUGCGCUGGGGUAUGGGAUGUACUCUUCUGCCGCGCUGCGCGUUAUGAUCGGGGUUGGGGAGGAAGUUACGAGUAAAGGUUUGCAGUGGGUUGGCGGAGUCAUGGUGGUGAUGUUUGGGACGCAGCAUAUUUGCGAUAUUAAGGAUGUGGAGGGAGAUAAGGUGAUGGGGCGACGGUCGGCGCCUAUUGUGCUGGGGAAUGAUCUGGUGCGGUGGAGUGUCGCCCCCCCAGUCGUCGUUGGCUCGAUGGUAUGCUCCUACUUCUUCGACCUCGGUAUCAGCUCCUAUGUCAUCGCCUUGGCUAUUGGAGGACUCGUAGCAUUCAGGACGCUGGCAUAUCGUGGUCUCAGGUCCGACAAGAUGACCUGGAAGGUGUGGACGCUGUGGAUUUGCUGGCUUUCGCGCUGCCGUUGA